AUGGAAUCAAAGCGGGAGGGGGUUCGUCCCGUCGAGUCCAUGAUAUCUGAUAUCUCUAAGUUGUUUCAAGAAUAUAUCUCAGUUUUGCUAGUACCACGUGACGGAUGGCAGAUAUUCGCUAAAGGGCUCAUUCCACUUUCGAAUAUUCCUCAAAGCUCAGCCUACGGCUUUGCAGUGGUCGUGUUGCCCCAGGCAGUCGGCAAUUCCCGUCUCGACUUCAGGAACCCGCAGCGCCUACAGGGGAUACAGGGGACCAUGUUUCUGCUUCACCAACAAAUUGGACGCAACCAAAGAGAACAUGAAGAGGAGAAGAAGAAGGGUUACGGAUCGGAUAGUCAGCAUCAAAAGCUGCAGACCAUGGAGCCGAAACCAAUUCUGGGAACAGCGCCGACUCUUGUAACAAAGAUACCUCCAUCAGUAAACUUGACGGGGAUCUAUUCCGCGACAGGAUUUGAUCUAUUGGGGAUACUCUCCCGCGUGGUUCAUCGACCCAACCCUGUGAUCGCACUUGGACCUGUUGAUCUAUCGUGUGCUUUUCUUGUGACGGAUCCACGGAGACCGGAUAAUCCCAUUGUGUAUGCUAGCGAGACAUUUUCAAAGUUAACAGGAUAUAGCAACGCUGAGGUGCUAAACCGUAACUGCCGCUUUCUUCAAGCGCCAGAUGGUCAGCAGGAACCGGGCCAAGCUCGCCGUUACACGGACAAUGCAGUUGUCUCGCAGCUGAAGCAGGCUAUCGAUCGCAAUGAGGAAUGUCAGUUUACGUUAAUUAAUUAUAAAAAAGGUGGAGAGCCUUUCAUAAACUUGGUUACGGUCGUUCCUGUGGAGUAUGGUCGACCCGGGGAGGUCAGCUUUUUUGUUGGAUUUCAAGUAGACUUGAUCGAUCAGCCGCAAGCCAUUCUAGAUCGGAUGAAAGAUGGAACAUAUACCAUCAAUUAUCAGAUUGCUGAGCAAUUGGACGCCCGACAGCCAGCUGCCAUGUCCGACGUGGCGGCAUUCCAGCAGGAGACGUUCCAUCUGUUGUCGCCAGUGCAAGCUCCUAAAUCACCAGAUUACACUCCCUUACCUGAUGCGAUCGAGAAUCUGGUUGAAGAUUUUGAUGAUUUUGUGCACAUCCUGUCUCUCCGUGGGCUUUUUCUUUACGCUGCACCUCGCUCUACAAAGAGGUUACUGGAAUACACUGCCGAAGAGCUAAUGGGUCAUAGUUUGCACGAGUUUGUGCAUCCGGCGGACUUUGUUUCGGUGAUGCGCGAGUUACGAACAAGUGCGUCCACUGAUACAAUAAAUAUCAUCUGUCGCUUUAGACGAAAGCAUUCAGGUUACAUGUAUUUGGAGAUCAAUGGACAUAUAUAUGACGAAGAUAACAACAAACGAACAAAAUGUUUCAUCAUGUCGGGUCGUGAGAAACAGGUCACGACUCUUCGAGUGAAAAACAUUUUAUUGCCCGGUCCGGACACGUCCGAAACAUGGGCAAAGCUAUCGUUAGAGGGAUUGAUACUCUACGUAUGUCCGAAUGCCGUACCCAUUUUUGGACUUUAUCCCGAAGAGCUUGUCGCAAAGUCACUUGUAGAGUUUUUGCAUGACAGCGAUCAUCAGGCUUGCCGCGACGCUCUUCAAACCAUUGUCAAUGGUCAAUCUGUUCAAAACCUGCGAUGCCGGAUAGCCGUCAAGAGAGGAUUUUCGUCUGCUGUCCUUCGAUUCUACGCAGAUGGGUGUACCCCGCGAAGCACCAUAUUCUGUCAAAUUAAAGCAGUGGAAGUCGGACGAACCGAUCCGCUGGAUUUGAAGACGCUAGUCGAAUACGAACCCUUGUACGAGGACGGUAAUUUGUUUGAUGUCAUGAAUGAAGUCAGGGCCACUUCAUUACAUUACGAACUCAAUCAGUUACGUCUGCAUAAUAAGCGACUAAGGGAGGAACUUGACAGUAUCAUUGCCCCAAUUAAAAAGAAAACAAAACCACGAGUUGAGGCGCUCACGCAGUGCGCGCAGUGCCAUACCAGUUACAGUCCGGAAUGGAGAAAAGGCCCCGACAAUCAAAGAAAUUUGUGUAAUGCCUGUGGCCUCCGAUACGCCAAGGCGAUGCGAAAUCGAGCAUCCAUAGGAUAA